AUGGAACUAGAUGACCUUACCUUUUACGUAAACUGGCUAUGCGGUCAAUUAAGAAAGCCACGCAAUGACUUCCUAGAGACAGCUGCUAGAAACCUGCAAAUGGUGCUUAGAGUCCGAGAAUACCGUCAAACAUUUGUUGCGGAAAACGGAAUAAAUACCAUAGUCGAGGUCUUGGUCAGCAAGAAUAUCAGCAAACAACUGCAGUACCAGCUUAUAUUUUGCCUCUGGUGCCUUAGUUUUGAUGCAGUGCAUGUUAUGACAAUGUCCAAAAAUUCACAACUUAUUCCUAUUGUCUCCGAUAUCUUUCGAGAAGCCGAGCGUGAAAAAAUUAUUCGCAUCAGUCUUGCAUUAUUCCGUUUUAUCCUAGAAAAACUUCCUCCUCCUUACUAUCGAGACUGCGCAUUAGCUAUGGUUCAAUGCAAAGUUCUCAAGCAGCUCAAGCUACUUAAUCAAAAAGAUUUCUCUCAUGAUCCUGAAAUCAGCGACGAUAUGGCUUAUCUUGAGGUUGGUCACUUGUGA